AUGAAUUCAUCGAAGGCUGAAGCUGAAAAUAUUGAACCAUCAGCUGGUAAAGAAAUGCUUGAUAAAUAUUGGGCUGAAGUUAAACAUGAAAUAGAUGACAUUAAUAUUGUUGAAUUUCGUACAACUGAUCUUCCUUUAGCUCGUAUAAAAAAGAUUAUGAAAUUAGAUGAUGAUGUUAAAAUGAUCAGUGCUGAAGUACCAAUACUUUUUGCCAAAGCAGCUGAAUUAUUUAUUCAAGAAUUAACCAUUCAUUCAUGGUUACAAACAGAAGAAAGUCGACGUCGUACAUUACAGCGAAAUGAUGUUGCUCAAGCUAUUUCAAAAAAUGAACUUUUCGAUUUUCUUAUUGAUAUUGUUCCACGAGAAGAAGCAACAAAAACACAUAAGAAAAAGGAUGCUGUUAGUGAAGUACAAUAUAUUGUUACACUACCAACAUCAAGUGGCAUGGGAAAUACAAUUCAAUUACCAAAUGGUCAAAUUAUUCAAUUACCUCAAAAUUUAUCAUCAAAUAUUGUUACUAUGGCGAGUCCACAAGGUACUCAACAACAAUAUACGAUUGGACCUUGA